UUUAUAACUCACCUCUCUAUAUAUUUUCUUCCCACUUUUCCCUUCCAUUUCUCUCUCUCUCUCUCUCUCUCUCUUUCUCUCUCUAACAUAUAUAGUACUGCUAAUUAAUGGAAGCUCAGGAGGAUUAUAAUCAACUCAUGAUCAAACAGAUGACGAUCAAAGGAAAACGCACAAAGCGCCAUAGGGCACAGCCACACGGUCCGGUCUCCUCCUUAGUCUUAUCCAUUGCUCCCUCAAGCUCGUCGAGCAGCGGUGGUGCCGGUGGAUUAGCCCUACUAGACGGUGUUUCAACGUCGUCGUCCGAUGAUCAGUCCGCGGAGAUCAUUAGUAGGACGGAGGAGGAGGACAUGGCCAAUUGUCUAAUUCUUUUGGCUCAAGGUCGUGAUCGUCACGACCAUCAUGGUGAUCGUGAUGGCCCGAGAAAUUCGGAGCCUGCGGCUGUGAGGCACGCGAACGACGUUGUUUAUCAGUGCAAGACAUGUGACCGGUGUUUCCCGUCGUUUCAAGCGCUCGGUGGACACAGAGCGAGCCACAAGAAGCCGAAGGGGAACAACUCCGCAGCAGAAGAGAAGAAAACGUCGUUUUUUCUUGUUGAGGAUCAUGAGCAAUUUGUCAGUAGUGCCACUAGCACGACUCUUUCGCUACAGAUGUCGAGUAGGGGCAUUUUGAGAAAUGGAAAUAAUAGGAUCAGUGUUAGUAACACUAAUAAUAGUAACAAGGCUAAGGUUCAUGAGUGCUCAAUAUGUGGAGCUGAAUUCACGUCCGGUCAGGCCUUGGGAGGCCACAUGAGGAGGCACAGAGCGACGUCGUUUAUGACGGCACCGACGACGUUGAGUGUGGGGACCACGAGUAGCUCCGAUCACCAGUCACGGGAAUCAAAAAAACCAAGGAAUGUUCUACAGCUGGAUCUUAACCUACCGGCACUGGAUGAUGAUCGACGUGAGACUAAGUUUCCGUUCUCCAGCAAGGAACAAGUCAUCGUGUUCGCGGCGUCUCCGCUGGUGGAUUGCCACUACUAAUCAUGAUCAAAAUCACGUACUGCACUGUUAAUUAUUAGAUACAUAU